CUCCGCUACAAGUUUUCCCUCUUCAUCUUCCCAACGGUCUGGGGGGCAAAAGCGCAGAGAGAGAGAGAGAGAGAUGAAUUCUUGCGCAUUCUUUGUUAAUUCCACCGCCAACACCAUAUCUGUUUUCCCAAUUAUCAUUAUCAAACCCCGUAGAUUCAAAAACCAAUGUUUCCUCAAACAAUCCUCACUCUCAGCAAACCUUUCUAUUACCAACAAAAUGUCCUCGGUUCACUACGACAGCCUCAGAGUUCUCGAAUGGGACAGUCUCUGUGACGCCGUGGCAUCCUUUGCCGGCACUUCUUUGGGCCGCGAAGCCACGAAAGCCCAGUUGUGGUCUCUGAAUCAGACAUACGAAGAGAGCCUGAGGCUUCUGGAGGAGACCAACGCGGCCGUGGAAAUGUGCAAGCACGGUGGUUGCAGCUUGGACUUCGGCACCAUCGAUGCAGUUCUUGUGAAAUCUGCUAUCCAACAAGUCCAGAGAAGUUUGGCGGUCAAUGGGAAUGAGGCAAUGGCUGUUGCAGCUCUGCUACAGCUUGCCGAGACUUUGCAGCUUAAUCUAAAAGCUGCAAUUAAGGAAGAUGCAGAUUGGUACGGACGUUUCAUGCCUCUCACAGAAGAGAUAAUGGGAUUGGUCAUAAAUCGAUCAAUAGUUAAGUUGAUACAGCAAGUUAUAGAUGAAGAUGGCUCUGUUAAAGACUCUGCGAGUUCAACCCUGAGACGAUCACGUGAUCAAGUGCGGGUGCUCGAGAGAAAGAUAUAUGAUUUAAUGGACAGCCUAAUUAGGAAUGAAAAGAAUGAAACACCAUUUAUGGAAGUGAGUAACAUUGAUGGCAGGUGGUGUAUAAAAUCAGGGGCUGAUCAACUGACAAGUUUUAAGGGUCUACUGUUAUCCAGUGGUUCAGGCUUAGGAAGCAUUAUAGAGCCACUCUCUGCCGUUCCUUUAAAUGAUGAGUUGCAGCAAGCAAGGGCAUCUGUGGCAAAGGCUGAGGCAGAUGUGCUUUCAAUGUUAACAGAAAAGAUGCAAAUGGAUCUUGAUGACAUUGAAAAGUUAUUGAACUGUAUAAUCCGACUGGAUGUGGUCAAUGCUCGAGCAACUUACAGUCUUUCAUUUGGAGGUGCAUGUCCUGAUUUAUUUCUACUGGAAGGCAAAGGCGCUUCUACUUCUGUCAUGUACCUAUCAGGAGACAAAAUUUCAAAGACAUCAUACCCCAUUAAGAGGGAAUGGACAUUGUAUAUGCCAAAAGCUUAUAACCCUUUAUUGCUUCAGCAGCAUAGGCAAACUUUGCAGAAGGCCAGGAAGGAUGUCAGUAAUGCUACUGCAGAAAUCAGGAGAAAACAGCAAGGCGAGAUUAUGGCACAAAAAGGAGAAACAGAUAUAGAUCUUUCAUCCUUAGAAAUGCAGGUUGCUGCACUUCAACAAGCUCAUCCAGUUCCAGUAGACUUUUUUAUAGACCAUAAAACUCGAGUUUUGGUUAUAACUGGCCCUAAUACUGGGGGCAAAACCAUUUGCUUAAAGACUGUCGGAUUGGCAGCUAUGAUGGCUAAAUCAGGUCUUCAUGUUUUAGCUUCUGAAUCUGUAAAAAUCCCUUGGUUUGAUGCUGUGUUUGCUGACAUUGGGGAUGAACAGUCCUUAUCCCAGUCUUUGUCCACCUUCUCUGGCCACUUGAAACGAAUAAGUGAAAUUCAAUCACACUCAACAAUUCAGUCAUUGGUGCUACUAGAUGAAGUUGGUGCAGGAACAAAUCCCCUUGAAGGAGCAGCUCUGGCGAUGUCAUUACUGGAAUCUUUUGCUGAAAGUGGUGCUUUGUUGACAAUAGCUACAACACAUCAUGGCGAACUCAAAACCCUGAAAUACAGUAAUGACGCCUUCGAAAAUGCAUGCAUGGAGUUCGAUGAAGUCAACUUGAAACCAACUUUCAAGAUUCUCUGGGGAAUACCAGGGCGUUCAAAUGCAAUCAAUAUUGCUGAAAGGUUAGGACUGCCCAGUAUAAUUGUAGAUAAUGCUCGGGAAAUAUAUGGUGCAGCUAGUGCAGAGAUAAAUGAGGUCAUAACUGAUAUGGAAAGGUUAAAGCAAGAUUUCAAGGAGAAAUUAGAGGAAGCACAACAUCAUCUGAUGCUCUCAAAAGAUCUCUAUGAAAACCUGUUGCUCGCUAGAAGGAAGAUAAUGGAACAUGGCGCUGAACAAAGAUUGAGGAAGACGCAAGAAGUAUCUGAGGCUGCAGCAGUGGCACGUUCUAUUCUUCAUAAGAAAGUGCGACAGCUUCGUGCAUCUGCAAUUCAAUCUUCACAGGCAACUCCAUCUAAUAAAAUCCGGCAUACAUUGGCAAUUAAUGGCCAGCAUGAUACAACAGAAUACAAUGAACCUCCUAUGGCUUAUAAGAGCACAUCCUUUGUUGAAGACAUCAAGCAAUCACAGUCAGAGAAGUCUCAGGUUCCCAAGGUUGGUGAUAUGGUGCAUGUUUCUUCUCUUGGGAGGAGGGCGACAGUUUUAAGAGUGGAGCCAUCUAAAGAUGAAAUAGUAGUUCAAACUGGUAACAUGAAGUUGAAGUUAAAGCUGACUGAGAUUCAGACGUGACUAACAAUGAUUCAUGCAUGUCCUUGUGAAUAAGAAUCUUCUAACUUGUAUGUCAUGACUUUUACGAAAGUGAGAUCAUGUUGAACACUGUUUUCAUCACGUGCACUCAAGGUGAGGAAUCACUGAAGAAGUGUUAGACUGAGGGCCAGAAAACAAAGAACCCGUAUGCUAGUGGAGACUAGACGAUGGUUUAGUAUUGAACUCUGACUUCUUGGAGAGACUACAGAAAAGGAAACUGUAUAUUAGCUGGUGCAGAUAACUUUGACUUCCUGUCAAAUGGAUGGAAGCUAUAAAACUAUGUUUGUUGAGCAUCUCAUAGGCCACAUUUUGUGUCUUCGACCAGAGAUCCUGAAAUUGGCUUUGGGAUGGUAAGGCCGUUUUGUUGGAUAGAUUUAUGAAGAAAAGAGGGAAAGGAAGGCUAAUAGCUGUCAUUCACCAUGAUUGAGGGUGCCUUCCUAUUAUAUAUUUGGGAUGGUGUAUAUUUUUGUAUAUAAAAGCUAACUUAAUUUUUUUGUGCAAGUUCUUUAGACUUUUUCACAUCUUGCGUGGGGAACCAAAAGUUUUGAUCGCGCACUUGGGAGUGAGUGGGUAGCUGAAGGCCCAAAAGUUCUGGUAGUUUGUACACAAUGGGUGCAAUGUGAUGUGAGGUAGCUAGUGGAGGCUGCCAUUAUACAUUUUUAUUUUGACUUCGCAUCUUAAACAUCGAUAUCCUUGAGACUUUUUCA